GCGAAAAGUACAGACCGCCCCCUUGGAUCAAACAGGAUGGCGGCGAGGAUGGACCCGAGCCCAAAUAUCUGAAAGACACUUUCUUUGGAAACUGAGGCAAAGCUAGCUGUCGCCUCCUGACGCUCCUUAUCCAAAGCCUCAAUUGGAACACAUUCACCAGUGGGAGCUAAAGUGACCGGAACAGCAAAACAGAUGUACUCGUCAAUCUGCAUGCCAAUGUCUUCUCUAUCUCAGUCUCUCCUGAAGCCAAAUCAGAACCCGCUUCUGGGUUCGGCACCAUCUUCGAAACCCUGGUCGCAAUCCAGAAGAAGAGCUCCGUUGACGACCAGGGCAAUCCUAUCAACUUCCAGGGAAUUAGCCUUGAAGGGUUUCCAUGAAAGAAGAGCCCUUAAGAUUAUUUCAGGGUUGCAAAAUUUUGACAGAGAGAAUGUGUCCUCAGUAAUUACUGCAGCUGACAAGGGAGGAGCAACUCAUGUUGACAUAGCUUGUGAUGCAGAGCUAGUGAGGCUAGCCAUUGCCUUGACUUCUCUUCCCGUAUGCGUUUCUUCAGUGGAUCCAGCAGCGUUUGUGGCAGCAGUUGAAGCGGGAGCGCUUAUGGUCGAAAUUGGAAACUACGAUUCUUUCUAUGAGACGGGCGUGGUUUUCUCUCCGGAUCAGAUUCUAAAGUUAACUAGAGAGACUAGGAGGAUCCUUCCCUCCGUGCCAUUGUCUGUGACCGUACCUCACACACUGAGCCUACCCGACCAGGUGAAGCUUGCUGAGUUGCUGGAACAAGAUGGUGCUGACAUAAUCCAGACGGAAGGAGGGAAGUGUUCUAAUCCUUCUGCAUCUGGAGUUCUUGGCUUGAUUGAGAAGGCGACGCCUACAUUAGCUUCAGCAUAUUCUAUCUCAAGAGCUGUCAAGAUUCCCGUGAUGUGUUCGUCAGGUCUCAGCGCGGUUACGGCUCCAAUGGCCAUCACUGCCAGUGCUGCGGGAGUGGGUGUUGGAUCAGCAAUCAACAAGCUUAAUGACGUGGUCGCGAUGAUAGCCGAGGUCAAGAACAUAGCAGAUUCGUUGAAAUUGCCGAGCCGACGCGAUGUAUGGAAAGAGAGAUCUUUGAACUUGUAAUGAGCUUCAUACAAUUAGAGUCUGGUGCAGCUGUGUUCCUGUUAUAACUCUUGCACCAGAUGAACUCAAAAUUGAAUUACGUGAACUAAUAGAACCUCAUUCA